AUGCAUCAGGACGCUUUAGAGUCAUCAGGAGGCUUUAGAGUCAUCAGGAGUCAUCAGGAGGCUUUAGAGUCAUCAGGGGUGACGGACUGCCGUGGGAACGUCCUGCAGCAGAUUGGCUCUUCCUCUUCCUCUUCUUCUUCUUCGCGCAAAUGUCGCAACUACUUUGAUGUCGCUGUGAACUCCCGGGGCCUCGUCGCUCUGAGCUGCGCCUCUGAACGUGCUCUGCUGGUCUUCAGCCGCCACGGCCGCCUGCUCCAGACCUACGGCGGCCACCAGCACCAGCAGCACCAGUACCAUCAGCAGCAGUACCAUCAGCAGCACAAAGACGAGCUGGAGGCCCCUCGCGGCGUCACCGUGACCAGAGCAGAUGAGUUCCUCGUAGCCGACAUCCGCAAAGGGACUCUCAUCGCGCUGAAACUCGACCCUAAAACAGCGGUCCGCUUGGAGCGCACCGUGGUCACCGGGUUCCACCGCCCCUACCUGGUGUCGGCGUGUCCCAUCACGGGUCUGAUGGCGGUCUCGGAGCGCGGCAGCGAGACGGGCCGCGUGCCGUGUGUGAAGGUCCUGGCCCCGGACUGGAACACAAUCCGGGUCCUGGGGGUCUGUGCCGGGAUGGGCCCCGUCCUGACCGCGCCCUGGGGCCUCUGUAUCGACACAGACGGGGACGUGCUCGUCACUGAUUGGUCGGAACACGGCCAUAGGAUCCUGUUGUUCCCAAGCAGAGGUGUGGGGACCGUCAUCAUCGCACACGGUCUCAGCAGUCCCAGAGGACUGACUGUGCUCCCGGGAGGGCAUCUGGGGGUUUCUGACAGUAUGCACCACUGUGUGAAGAUAUACAGAUACAAGGAACACAGAGACUGA